AUGACAGAAGAAUUGAUGACACGUUUUGCAAAUGAUGAUUUUAAUCCCGAUAAGUUUGUCAAAGAUCUCAGUACUCAAUGUAUUGGAGCGACUGAACUUCAUAAACAACGAAUAAAAAUUCAAGAACUCAAUGAUAAAACUUCAAUUCAACUUAAACGUAAUGUCUAUCAAAAUUAUAUGCAAUUUAUUGAAACAGCUAAAGAGAUUUCUCAUUUGGAAAGUGAAAUGUACCAGUUAUCUCAGCUAUUAAGUGAACAACGAUCACUUCUUAGCGCAUUAAAUUCCAACAGAUCUACUGGUGCUAUAUUUGAUGAUAUUUUGAAAAAUCACCAGGAUUUUAAUGUUGUUUCAAAAGAACAAGAACAAAAACAAAAGUUGAUUCAAUUACUCGAACACGUUGAAGGAGGAAUGAGCUUAGUUGAUACACCAGGAAGAAUUUGUUUCCAUGAAGGAUCUUUGUUGGAGUUAGACCCGUUAGAAGGAACUCCAUUGAAACGUGUACAUGGUUAUCUAUUCAAUGACAUUCUUAUGAUUGCUUCUUGGCUGAGUACUAGUGGGCGAAGACAACCAUCAAAAUAUAAAGUUCAAGCAGUUUAUAAUUUACAGUGCUUAGCUGUAGUCAACGUAAAAGAUUUAGGUUCAGUUAAACUUGCUUUUAAGCUACUGGCUUUUCCAGAUACUCGAGUCUUCCAAUGUGCUUCUGCAAUUAGCAAGAAAGAGUGGUUGGAAAAAUGUGAACAAGCUAAAAAAAUUCGUCUUCUACAAGAGUGCCCAUUAGAACCAACAAACAAGCAAGAAACACAGAAGGAAUUUACAAUGUUAACCUCAAGAUCGAUGUCUCUUGACUCUCACAGUCUUGGUGUAGAGGAGGGUGAUGAUUCUGCUGAUAGUUUAGAGCCUUUACCCGAGUGGCUAUCAGAAGUAACAGAAGAUCUUGAUUCAUGUAUAGCGCAAAGACACUUUGAGGAAGCAUAUAAUCUUUUUGAGAAAGCAAUGAGUUAUCUGAAGGCAACACAAACAUCACAAUCAAUUGAAAUAAAGAAAAAAAUUGAAAAUCGGGGAAAAUGCCUUGUAGAGGUACUUACCGAUGAAUUGGAGUUAAGUAUAGAAGCAAAAUCUUUACAAGGAGGUGGAUUGAGGAGUGCACGAAGAGCCGUUAAACUUCUUAUACAACUUAAUCGAAGCGCUCAAGCUUGCAAAAUAUAUUUGCAACUUUGUAAUGCAGCCCUUACAUCUCGUUUAAAACGAGUUAAACGUGAAGGUACUGUUGUACCUUACGUAAAACAGUUAAGCGCUAUUGCAUUCAGUAAUAUUUUCGAUAUGGCCAAAGAAUUUCUUAAACUUUUUUCACCAUCAAUGAAUUGUACUUCAAGUCUUAUUGUUUGGUGCAGUCAGGAAGUCAAAUAUCUUACAUCUCACUUGAUAAAACAAUUGUUUAUUCCUCAAGUAACAUUAGGAACUCUAGUUGAGUGUAUACAUACAGUUCGUAGCCAUUGUGAUCAAUUAACUUAUCUUGGAAUAGACUUGCGUUAUCAACUUGAUGGUCAAUUACGAACUCACUUAGCGAGAGCUCUACAAGAUUCUAGUGAAAAAUAUAUAGAUGCAAUUAAAGUUCGUGCUGCAGAAGAUAAUUGGCGUCCUUUAAAUUUUCAAACUUCUGAAAAUCUUCAAAAACUUCAAAGUGAAUUAGAUGAUCUUGGUAUUCCUAUUCCGUCUGCCUUUAUAACCAGUGAUUGUUGGAUAUCAUUAACUAGUAACACAUUAGCCUUUUCAAAACUUUAUAUUGGGCUUUUAGAUGAUUGCUUGAGUAUUUAUACACCAGAACUUUUAUGUACGAUUGAAACAGUACUUAUUUCAGUUUUACGUGCUCAAGUUCAAUAUAUACUUGUUGCACUCAAUAAUCCCAAAUUAAAGUCAGAGAAAAAAUUAGUUCAAGAUAAUACUGCGUAUAUCCGUGAAAUAAUUAUUCAACGAGGCUUGGAGUUGUAUCGAAGUAUCGUAGGACAAGAAUUUACCGAGCUAAUUGAAUUAAAAAAAGCUAUUAUUAUGGAUUUAACAUCUGAAAAGUCGAAAUUAACUCCUAAAACUCUGAAAUUAUGA